ACGAGUAUACGAAGAAGGCCUGCAAAUCUUCGACGAACCAAAAAAAAUCAUCGAAGAAAAAAAAAAGAGCAAUGGCAGCUGUGAUUCUUCAUCCUCAGCACCUUUUACGACGUCGUUUUCACCAUGAAACCCUAGCUCCUCAUCCUCGCUCUGCUCCAAACCCUAUCUCUCACUGUAUUCACCAUACUUCCUCUGUUACGACGGCUCGCCGAAGAAAUCGCAGUCCACUGGAGUCUCGAUCCGCAGGCGUCGGAGGCAGCGGUGGUGGAGGAGGAGGAUCUCGAUCGCGGUGUACGGCGGAGAAUAGCAAAUUGGUCAUGGGGCAGGUGAAGAUCCUCAAGCGCGGCGAGACGUUGAGUGAGUUUCAGAACAAGGAGCGUAACCGCGACAGCGAGAGUACGAGUAAGACUACGAGACGGUCUGUUAUGAGGAAUAACGGAGGAGGUUGUUCGGAGGAUUUAGAUCUGGUUUUGGGGUCCACAUGUAGAAUUGGACCGGAUCCAGAUACGGUGACGAAGCAGAUUAGGGAUUGGAAGAGCUUUGAGAUCGUUGCUGUAGGUUUCGCCGGAGCUUGCUGCUCUGUUUCGCCGCCGCCGAGCUCCGUUCCUAUACCGGAUUUUUUGGGGAAGAAGAACAAUCUGGUCGCUUAGAUGGGUUUACAUUGAUUGAAGAAGGAAGAAUCUGGAAACUUGGGCAAGUCUUUGGUCUUAAAUCUGAAGCGGAAAGAUCCUGUGAGAGGAAGCGAUGUCGUUUCCCUCUACAAGAUGCCAUUUUUGUCUGACAACAUUGCUGCAGAAACACCUUUGUCGCUUAUCUUCGCAUCGUCUAUUCAAAGCUAGUUACUUUUUCUGCACCUGAUUGUUCAGCCAUGGAUUAAGGCGUAUGCAAUCACUGUCAUGGAAUAGACAUUGGCUUACGACUUAUAUGGGUGUGUGUUUGGUGUAGUUCUUAGUACCUUUGUGCUUCUUCUUUGUGGAUACUCUUACAUCCUUAUGCAAUAAAUUUUUUUUUCAGUUACUAA